CAGCGACCGGCUUGGACUUGCUCUCCAUCUAGACCAACCAAGCCCUGCAGACGUCCCUCCUCCUCCUUCAUAUUUGAAUCUUGAACAAUGGGUGUUGGACGCACUUCGAUCCUGGAUACGCUUGCGGAGCUCUCGCUCCAGGGCAUCGACCAUCCCGAUCUGCCCCGCCACCUCGACCGCCUCGAUCCUCUCCAGCGUUUCCGCAAAGAGUUCCAUAUCCCCUCGGUGGCGGCGAUCAAUCGCCACUCUGCCAGUGUCGGGUUGCCCUCGAAGACGGGCCAUCCUGAUGGCAGCAGCAGCAGCAGCGACGACGAGGCUAUUUAUCUGUGCGGCAACUCGCUUGGUCUGCAGCCCAUCCGCACCAAGGCUCUGCUUGACCAGGAGCUCCAGAUCUGGGCUCAGUGCGGCGUCCAUGGACACUUCAAUCAUCAGUUCGACCGUCCUUGGGUCUCUAUCGACGAUAAUGUCAUCGAAGAAAGCGCAAGGAUCGUGGGUGCCGAGCCUGACGAGGUUGCCAUCAUGAACAGCCUCACGGUUAAUGUGCAUCUUCUGAUGGUGCCAUUCUACCGACCCACCACGGAGCGAUUCAAGAUCAUCAUGGAGGGCAAGGCGUUCCCAUCCGACUAUUAUGCCAUCGAGUCGCAGGUCAAGUUCCAUGGCCUCGAUCCCAAGACCACCAUCGUUGAGAUCGAUCCUCGCGACGGCGAAUAUGCACUGAGAACCGAGGACAUUCUCGCAACCAUCCGACGCGAAGGAUCAAGCACGGCCCUGGUACUCAUCAGCGGCAUCCAAUACUACACGGGCCAAUUCUUUGAUAUCGAGGCCAUCGCUCAGGCGGCGCGCGAACAGGGCUGUCUCAUCGGCGUCGAUCUGGCGCAUGCUGUCGGCAACGUCCCGCUGGAGUUGCAUCGUUGGCAAGUCGAUUUUGCCUGCUGGUGCUCGUACAAGUACCUCAACUCUGGUCCUGGCGGCAUCGGCGGCGCAUUUGUCCAUUCGAAGCAUGCCGGCGAUAGCUCGCUGUCCAGGUUUGCUGGGUGGUGGGGCACCAACCCGGCGACCAAGUUCCAGAUGAGCCACGAGUUCGAGCCGAUUGCCGGUGCUGCCGGAUACCGCCUGUCCAACCCGUCGGUGCUCGCCACCAUCGCCCUGCUCGGCAGCCUGCAGGUGUUUGCCGAGACCGACAUGGCCUCGUUGCGCCACAAGUCGGUCCGACUGACGGCAUACCUGGAGCUCCUGGUCGAGCAUCUGCAGGACAAGUACCCGGGCCGCCUCCGGAUCAUCACGCCUCUGGACGAGUCGCAGCGCGGCUGCCAGCUCUCGCUACUGUUCCUGGAGGAAGGGCGGAUGAUGCCUGUGUUUGAGCGCCUGCUUGAGCACGGAGUGGUCUGCGACGAGCGCAAGCCCGAUGUCAUCCGAGUCGCCCCCGCGCCGCUGUACAAUUCGUUUGCGGAUGUGUACCAGUUCUUCCGGUGCCUGGACGAGGCUCUGGCCGCCACGCUUUGAGCGACAGCCGACGUGCGCAAGUCCUGUAUGGAGCAAUACACUCUGCCUCGGCGACCGGCUGGAGGUGGAUGCACGA